AUGAUGCUGCUCAAGUCAUCUUCCUAUCCAACCUGCUGCCAAUACGCGCGCCUCUACCAACGCCCCUUAAAGGCGCCGCAGCCGCCUUCGGAGCCUGGGCGACCAAUUCCCGGGUUCCGGCCCCCACCCGCACGCUCCUUCUCCAGCCGCCUUCAGGACAGCCGCAGCCUGGAUGGGCUGAGCGGGGCGUGCGCCGGCGCUGGGUCUGCAGGAGGCGCAGAGUCAGGCACCGGCGGCGGUCGCCGGGCCACCAUCUCCAGCCCCCUGGAGCUUGAGGGCACAGUGAGCCGCCACGGCGACCUCACCCACUUUGUCGCCAACAACCUGCAGUUGAAGAUCCGCCUGAGCGGCGUCCCUCCGCCCCCGUCCUCUGCCCCUGCGCGGCCCUGCCCAGUGCCCACACCCACUCCGGCCAUCCCGCCCAUCGACCCCGAUGUUCUGCGGGAUCUGGAGCGGCUGAGUCGGGAACUGGGAGGCCGAGUGGACCGUCUGCUUCGCGGGCUGGGUGGCGCGGUGCAGGAGCUGACAGCGCUGAGCGUGGGCUGCAUCCAGACCUACCGCGACGCUGUGGACUCCUUAGGCGAAGCCGUGGACAUGAGCAUCAAGGGCAUGUACACGCUGCUGGCGCGCUGCGAGGAGCUGGAGCGGGCUCUGCAGCCCGUGCAGGGGCUUGCGCGCCAAGUCCGGGACAUCCGACGCACUCUGGAGGUGUUGGAGGCCCUGUGCAAGUGACCCGGAGGGAAAGGCCAGGGCUGGCUAGGCCAAGGCCCAGCAGGACCCAAAGGACUCUUCAAGGAGCCCUGGUGGGAACUGCACGCUGAAGGGAAGCCUAUGUGUUGGAAGCUUUUCCAGAUUUGUCUGGGAACAUUGACCCACAUUCACUGGGUUGGGUCUUUGGCAGGUUUAUAUGGGAAAGUUCAACAGCUUUCCUACUGGGAAGGGAUGUGGCUCUGCUUCUAUUCAGUUGGCCAUCUGUAGCUACCCUGUUCUUCCUAACCUCCCUAGCUAGAGCACCAUCCCUUGGAACCUAGUUCUCUGCUUGAAGGUGGGGACAUGACUCCCAUAUGUGAUCAGAAGGAAACAGAGGUGGCCACGCCCCUUGUGGCCAUCCCGACUCUGAUGGCCACAUCUCAGGUCUCAGGGGCUAUGGGAACUUAAGUGGUCCUUGGCCACACACCAUGCAAGCAAGGAUGCACAUGCGCAGAGGGAUAAUCUCCUAUUUGUGCCCUCUGGCCCCUACCAUACCACUUCCCCAGCCGAAACUGGGUGGAGCUAAGAGGAAUUCAUUGCAUGGUGGAGGGGAUAAGGUGGGAGGUGUUUCACUGUUCUCAGGGUUCAGGUAGUAUUGUUGCUGGUUUGAAGCCCACCUGUUGUGGAAUGUUCUGAUCAGUUUGGCUUUCUGAGUUUUUGUGGAAUUAAAGUGCUGCUGCUGCUGCUGCUAAGGCUGA